UUAUUCCAGGAGCAGAGGGGGCUGAAAGCCUAGAAGAGCGACGAAGAAGCACUCCGUGAAGCAAUUGAUUUGUGGAUGCAUGAAAGUCAAAGAAGUUUUCAGAUAAUUGCGAUACGAAAAUCUAAUUAGGGUUCAGAAUCACUGGCGGUGUUAGUGAUUUCUUGUCGGAAUUGAAUCUUUUAUCGCCUACUGAGGAAGCAAACCUGGGGAGUGAAAGCUCUGGGUUUGGUCGCUGUUUGUGUUGCGUGGAUUGGCUGUUGCGGUUCUGCCGCCCCAUCAUGGUGGAUAACAUGGAAAUCGACUCACCUUCGGAGUCCCAGCCUCUCAAGCCUCGAGAUCGAAUCAUUCGGAGGCUUCUUCAAUUUGGAGUUCCCGAGGAUCAACUGGAUCAGCCUCUCCUCGUUGAUUUUAUGAAGGAUAAAAAGUCAUUGAUACCUGAACUAGUAUCUGUUAUAUUACCUCCGGACGAGGAAGUGGCUGAAGCGCUGCAAGAUUCUAAGUUUGGCUCUAAAAAGUCCUCAUUGGGUGUAACCAUGAAGAAAAGGUUCCAUGAAAGCAUGGACUGGUUACAGUGGUUGAUGUUUGAGGGUGACCCCGCUGCAGCUCUGAGGAACCUUUCCAAGCUGUCCGUUGGGCAACGUGGUGUUUGCGGGGCUGUUUGGGGACAUAAUGACAUAGCAUACAGGUGCAGAACAUGUGAACACGAUCCAACAUGCGCAAUCUGUGUACCUUGUUUUGAGAAUGGGAAUCACGAAGGCCAUGAUUACUUUGUGAUAUACACAGGCGGCGGUUGUUGUGAUUGUGGAGAUGUGACAGCAUGGAAGCGUGAGGGAUUCUGCUCAAAGCAUAAGGGUGCGGAGCAGAUACAACCACUUCCAGAGGAGUUUGCGAACUCUGUGGAACCUGUGCUUAAUUCUCUUUUCAGCUGUUGGAAAGACAAGCUAACAUUUGCAGAAACUGUCUGUCAGGAAAACUCUAGAUCAAGCAACGCUGUUGUUGAAAGAAAGAAGGCAGCUAAUGAGCUAACAUUUGCAAUGGUUGAUACGCUUUUAGAAUUUUGCAAGCAUAGUGAGAGUUUGCUUGGUUUUGUUGCUAGGAUGUUAUUCUCUUCAGCAGGCUUACUUGCCAUUCUGUUGAGAGCUGAGAGGUUUUUAACUGAUGUUGUUGUAAGAAAACUUCACGAGUUACUCCAAUUGCUGGGGGAACCUGUUUUCAAGUAUGAGUUUGCUAAAGUUUUCCUCACUUACUAUCCGACUGUUAUAAGUGAGGCUAUAAAAGAGUGCAGCGACUUCCCUCUGAAGAGGUAUCCAUUACUAUCUACGUUCUCUGUGCAGAUACUUACAGUGCCCACACUUACGCCUCGUCUAGUGAAGGAAAUGAACCUACUUACAAUGCUUCUGGGAUGUUUGGAAGACAUUUUCUUGUCUUGUGCUGGAGAAGAUGGCCGAUUACAGGUUGCAAGGUGGGGAAAUUUGUAUGAGACAACUAUACGGGUUGUUGAAGAUAUUCGAUUUGUUAUGAGCCAUGUGGUGGUUCCCAAAUAUGUCACCUAUGAUCAACAAGAUAUCUCGAGAACUUGGAUGAGACUCCUGUCCUUUGUACAAGGGAUGAACCCUCAAAAAAGAACUGGUCAACAUAUAGAAGAAGAAAAUGAGAAUGUCCAUUUACCUUUUGUUUUAGGCCACUCUAUUGCUAUUCAUUCUCUUUUGGUGGAUGGGGCUUUUUCAGAUGCUAGUAAGGGAGAGUUGGACAAUGAAUAUUGGAGCUCAAAUAAACAGGAAUCUGAUGAUGGAGAUAAUUUACGACACUCAAAAGUGGGGCGGCUUUCCCAGGAUAGCUCUGCAUGUGGUAUGACUGGUCGGAAUAAUGCCUUUGCUUGUUCUUCUAAGGCUUCUGAGAUAAAAUCUAAUGCCUCUUCUCAUCUGCAACUUCCCCGUUCUGUCACAUGGUUGAUAUGUGAGUGUUUAGGGGCCACUGAGAAUUGGUUGAAAUUGAAAAUAAGACUUGGUUACCAUAUGUCGUCUCCAAACAGUGGUAGCAUCUAUGACAGCAAUCUUUCAGCAUUAAAGAGAACAAUAUCCAAUAUUAGAAAGGGUAAGAUUUUUCGUAGGCUUGCAAGCUCAGGUGAAGAUCAUGGUAAGCAAUGCGCUGAUUACUUAGCGUCUGACCUGGAAAACAGUGAACAUGCAAUGAAGGAUAGUAAACUGAAAAUGAAUGGUGAGUCCGAGUCAGAUAAUAUUGAUAUUUCAUCUGGUUUCCAUGAUAGCGCAAUGGAAACAGAUGUUCCUGCAGAGUUGGGUGGCCUUCGUUUUUUGUCUUUGUCUGAUUGGCCACAAAUUUUCUACGAUGUUAGUUCACAAGAUAUUUCUGUGCACAUUCCGUUACAUCGGCUACUUUCCAUGCUGCUACAAAGGUCACUGAGAAGAUAUUUUGGUGAAUCUACAAUUCCAGAUGUGUCUGAUGCUUGUUCUACUCAUUCAUCUUCAACAAUCUACACUGACUUCUUUGGACAUGCUUUACGGAGCUGUCAUCCCUACGGGUUUUCUUCCUAUAUAAUGGAACAUCCCUUGCGCAUUAGGGUUUUCUGUGCUGAAGUUCAUGCUGGAAUGUGGAGGAAGAAUGGAGAUGCUGCUCUUUUAUCUUGUGAAUGGUAUCGGUCUGUUCGCUGGUCUGAACAAGGGCUGGAGCUUGAUCUAUUUCUUCUUCAGUGUUGUGCUGCACUCUCUCCGCCAGAUCUGUAUGUCAGCAGAAUUUUGGAGCGCUUU